UAAAUCGAGAGUUUUCGAUGGAUCCGGUUAGGAGUUUUAGCAGACAGAAGUUAUUUUGUAUUUUUAUUUUAGUAAAUUAUAUAACGAAAGGGGGUUUUAUCGAUAUAUUUGAAAAUGAAUUAACAAUUAAAAUUCGACCGGGAACCGAAGAAUGUUUUUAUCAGAAAGCCAACGCAGGACAAGUUCUGGACAUUGAAUAUCAGGUUUUAGAUACAGAUUAUGAAAAUAUUGAUACAAAAAAUAAACUGGAAAUAAGUUUUGCUCUGUAUUCUCCUCAAGGAAAGAAUCUUAUUUCUGAGACAAAAAAAUCUGAUGGAAUACAUAG